AGCGUAGCGCAGGGUGGUCGAGUUAGUUGUGCGCGUCAUAUUCCAUCGCUCUCCACACUUUACGAUUUAAUCUUCCCGGUAUAAAGUAAUAACUAUCCAUACAUUUACCGUUUUUAAAUAUAAGAAAACUUAACUAUUUUUGUAUCUAAAAUAAAGUGUAUAUAUUUAUAGAGUUAGUCGAUGAAUAUUUCUUAAAUAAAAUUUAGAUAGAUUACAUACUCAACCUGAAAAAUUUGCCACAUUAUAAUUUUUACAAAUUCAGCUUUAAAAUUUUCUUAAAAUUCCUAUCCCUGCCUUCUAGUAAUGCUAGAACUAAAAAUUAGCUAAACAAUAAAUUAGCUGCGCAAGAAAUUCAGGUACAAUUCGUUGAUACACAAAAACAUUAUUGAAGUGAUAAAAUGACAAAAUCAAUCACCUUGUUACAAAGUAUAUCCAAAUUUUCAUAAAAUAAAAUAAUUUGUGUAAUUAUCAAUUAUUUGGUAUGUAAUCAUUUUUACUCGUCUGCUCUUAUGUUAACAAUACUUUUAUAAGCGUGUAUUUAGACAUUUGUAUGCCUCAAUAAUAUAAACAUUUUAUAUUAAAUUGUUUAUUUACAUGACAGUGAAAUUCUGUACAUAAUUCUAACGAUAUUAAAUCUCAGAACAUAAUAUUUUUAACAAAUUAACUUAAAAGAACGUUUAAAUGUAAAAUUGAAAUGAUUAAAUAUUUGUUGCAUAUUGAGUUACUAAGAAACAAACUCAUGCUCUUGCAAUCGAUCAUAAAAAUUUGCUGUUUGAAUAGUUUGAAAAGAGUUGUAAGCGGGAAUGAGAUUAGCCAUUGAAACCUCGUCCGUAGAGGAUAAAGUCCUAUACUUUCACAUCGCAGCAUUGAUGCUAUUUGUUCCAAGAGCUUUUAUCUAUACAUAUAUUUAAACGUGUAAUUUCGUUUUCUCAAGAUCACUCGAUUAUAUCAUUACUAAUUUCUUCAUAUUGUGGACUCAAUGAUCGAAGUGAACAAAAACUAAUCUGGUGAAGCAAUCGAGCUUAUGUGAUGGAGCAGGGACAACGUUUGAACUCUUCUGAUGUUUGGGCGACGGGAGGGAUGCAAGAAGUGACACAGGUUUCGGGUGUCGCGGGUGGAGUGAUGGGGAUCGACGGGAUGGAGGCGGGGUUAGAGCUGGACGUGUUCCAUCAGCCGGACGUGCUCGUCAUCAUACUGUACGUAGUGGUUCUCGUCGCUUCACUCGGCGCCAACACGCUGCUAAUUUUUAUCGUCAUCAAGUUUCAAUACAUGCGGAGCGUGACGAAUAUAUUUCUGGUGAACCUUUCGGUGGCGGAUCUGUUGGUGACUCUGUUCUGUAUGCCGGUGCAGAUUUCCAAGUCUGUGACGCUGCUUUGGCCUUUCGGAGAGCUUAUGUGCAAGACUGUAAAUUUUCUGCAAGGCGUGGCAGUUUCAUCUUCGGUCUUCACGAUAACAGCGAUGUCUGUGGACCGGUAUUUGGCGGUGACGCAAUCUGUUCGUGCGGCUUGGCUACCGUCACGACGAGGCGCGUGCGCAUUGCUGGUGGCGCUGUGGAUGGUGUCGCUAGCUAUAUUUGCGCCAUUGCUCGCCGUUGCUGCCGUACAACGGGAGACCGUGCCCGUCCUGCUCACCACACGUAACGCUUCGUACUGGGUCGAACGCAACGUGGAGUUCUGCACGGAGAAGUGGCCGGACUCAAUUCGCAAGGAGCUUUACGGCACCUUUAGUUUCGUUCUCGUUUACGCUAUUCCCGGUUGUAUAGUGGUGAUAUCGUACUCUCUAAUGGGCAGGCGCCUCUGCUCAGUUCUUCCUCCGUUCGACCAGGGCGCCGGCAGCGCUAACAGUCAGCAGCGCAUUCGUCUGGUGCGCGAGCGGAAGCGCGUCGCGUGGAUUCUGCUGCUCCUAGCUGUGCUGUUCGCGAUGUGCUGGCUGCCUUACAACAUCCUGCAGCUGUUGGUAGACAUCAACGCCGUGCAGCCGGAUGCAGUCGCGCCACUCAUGCCCUACACCUUAUUAGCAGGUCACGCGAAUUCAGCCAUCAACCCAAUUGUUUACUGCCUGAUGACGCGUAAUUUUCGGCGGUCAUUGCGCAAGCUGCUCUGUCACGACCCCGGUAACAUACACUCUAGUACUCACUUCCAUAUGCACGGGCUGCGUCAAAAGUCCAACACGUCUAGCAUGCGUACAGCCACCACGGGGACAUUUCGAAGUAGCACCGCGAACCGCCUUCCUCCUCCCGCUGCAGCACCCAACGUCCACUGCGCCAGGGUUAAUUGGGCGGCCUCCGUGAAAGACCCUUCGGGGAAAGACCACAAUAAGCCACAUUACUUGUAAACGACAAUUGAGUUGACCACAUCCAAUGCACUUUCAUAGUAUAUUCGUAAAAGAGAAUAUUUUCAUAUUAUGUUACUUUAAGAAUUGUAAGAAAUAUUUUUGAAUUCAGAGAUUGAUUAUGUGUGUUAUUACCGAUAGUAAUUUUUGUAAAUAUUCAAAAUACUUCUCGAUGUAUGUGUGUAAGAGCUUAAGACAAUUUAUUCAUUAAUUUUCUCUGAUACAAUCAAAACAAAUGUAUAAAUAGUCGAAUAUUUAUUCAAAUUAAAUAAGUAAACUUAUAACGUUUUAAUACCAAGAUAUUACUUUAAUUUUAUAAUUAAAGUCAAUAUUUCUAGUCACUUCGUGUAUAGCUUUAUUUGCC